GACACGGGGCAUGCCGCGCGGAAGGCCACAGGGAAGCCUUCUGCGAAGCUCUGAGAGGCCGCGACGUGAGAAGCCACUGAAGACAUAGAUAAUUCUGUAAUACCAGUAUCCCUGCGGUCAGUGAUUGCGAUAUGACCACCCUAUCAUAGGCACAGACACUCACAGCCACAGUUGCGCAUGCCUGAUCAGCAGACGGCGUAGCCCGGCACUCAGCGUGCGGUUUAUCAAAGAGAUCUCGGACACAGUGCUACCCUCCUAGCCUUAUACACGGCCUUGGUGUGUGCUCGAGGCUCCCCAGUUACUUGCGCUCUCACUCAUGCUGGCCCAUCGCCCACGAUCGGACGUGAUCGUCCUCCGGGAUGGCAAUGUGCGCGAGCACCAGCCUAGUCGUUUGUCUCCUCCCGUUGAUGACAUGCCACCCGUACAAGUCGCGCAACGGGGUGCAGAUGGGGAGACUUACGACGACAAAUCGGGUGCCGACAUACGACCCGGGAGCGACGACGACUCGAGAAGGCCUGUGCAGAGCAGCUUUCUAUUGACCACCGAAGCUGCUCGCUUCCCGCUCGAGGUCUUCGAGAACAUCAUCG